AUGCUCAGGUGCAGCUCGGCGGCGCAUCCGGUGCGCGCACAGGCUCUCCGGCGCCUGGCUGCUCGUCCCGGAGCAGCGGCGGCGCGACGCUAUGCGACAGAGAUCGAGCCCGAGAGGCCCAAGCCGCCGCGGCAGGGCAAUGAGGCAAAGCUGGGGAGGUCGUUCCAGGGGCAGGUCAUGGGCAGCAUUGGCGCGCGGCUGAGGCGCGAGCGGGAGCAGAGGGAGCAGUACGAGAAGUGGAGGGACAUGAACGACCCGGCGAGGAACUGGAUGAUUACUUUCUUCUUCUUAUCGAGCGUCGGCAUUGCCUACUGGCUGGGCACGUACUGGCCGCGGGACCCCGAGCCGACGUCGACGCUGCCGCUGUCCAAGGUGCGGCCGCUGACGCACAACAUCAAGCUGGAGAACAUGCAGGCGGCGUGGGCCGACUUUGUCAAGAUCGUGGGCAAGGAAAACGUCUCGACGGACGAGGACCAGGUGAGCGCGCACGCGACGUCGGACUGGUCGACGCACAACGCGGGGCCGGACGAGCGGCCGUUCUGCGUCGUGUAUCCGGGCUCGACGGAGGAGGUGGCCGAGGUGAUGAAGGUGUGCCACCAGCGGCGGAUCCCGGUCACGGCCUACAGCGGCGGCACGAGCCUGGAGGGCCACUUCACGCCGACGAAGAAGGGCAUUUCGAUUGACUUUGGGCGGAUGGACAAGGUUCUCGCCUUGCAUGAGGAUGAUUUGGACGUGGUUGUGCAGCCGGCCGUUGGCUGGGAGGAGCUGAACAACAUGCUCUCGGACAAGGGCCUGUUCUUCCCUCCGGACCCGGGGCCAGGGGCCAUGAUUGGGGGCAUGGUUGGGACGGGAUGCAGCGGGACGAACGCUUACAGAUACGGCACGAUGCGGGAGUGGGUGCUGAGCUUGACGGUCGUCAUGGCGGACGGCACCAUUGUCAAGACCAGGCAGCGGCCCCGCAAGAGCUCUGCCGGCUACGACCUCACCAAGCUCUUCAUCGGCUCCGAGGGCACCCUCGGCCUGGUGACGGAGGCUACUCUCAAGCUGACGGUGAAGCCCGAGUCGACGAGCGUUGCCGUUUGCUCGUUCCCCACGAUCCACCACGCGGCCACCUGCGUGAGCAAGGUCGUCGGAAAGGGCAUCCCCGUGGCCGCCGUGGAGAUUCUCGACGACGUCCAGAUGAAGUGCAUCAACGCCUCGCAGGCGACGUCGCGCACGUGGCACGAGGCGCCCACGCUCUUCUUCAAGUUUUCCGGCACGCCGCUGGGCGUCAAGGAGCAGGUUGCGCAGGUGCAGGCGCUGGCGUCGCAGGCGGGCAGCAGGACGUUUGAGUUUGCCCGCAGCGAGGCCGAGCGCGAGGAGCUGUGGAGCGCGCGCAAGGAGGCGCUCUGGAGCACCAUGGCGAUGAAGAAGGAGGGCGAUCGGGUGUGGACGGGGGACGUGGCCGUGCCGAUGAGCAGGCUGCCGGACUUGAUUGAGGAGACCAAGGCGGAUAUCCAGAGGAGCGGGCUGUUUGCGUCGAUUGUCGGGCAUGUGGGGGAUGGAAACUUUCACACUAUUCUGUUGUAUAACGAAGCGCAGCGAAAGAAGGCUGAGACGGUUGUUUCACGGAUGGUGAAGCGGGCUGUUGAGCUCGAGGGCACAGUCACGGGAGAGCACGGCGUUGGCCUGGGUAAGAGGGAUUACCUACCUCACGAAUUGGGUCAGACCACGGUGGACGCGAUGCGCCAGAUUAAAAAGGCGUUUGAUCCAUUGUGCUUGUUGAAUUGCGACAAGGUGAUUCGUACGGUGAAGCCCAAGAGCGGCGAGGUCAAGGAGUGGUGA